UUUUCGUAUGCUUUUCUGUGUCAAAAAUGUCGCUUAAUUUAGUUGUUAAGGUACAUCCUGUAGUAUUAUUUCAAAUUGUUGAUGCUUACGAGCGCCGAAAUGCCGAUUCACACAGAGUUAUUGGUACUCUUUUAGGUACAUCCGACAAAGGAGUUGUGGAAGUCACCAAUUGUUUUUGCGUACCGCAUAAAGAGCAUGCCGACCAAGUGGAGGCAGAACUCAACUAUGCCAUGGAUGUAUAUGAAUUAAAUCGUAGGGUCAAUGCAUCUGAAAAUAUAGUUGGCUGGUGGGCGACAGGGAAUGAGGUGACAAACCACUCAUCAGUGAUCCAUGAGUAUUAUUCACGCGAGUGUCGCGAGCCAGUGCACGUGACCCUGGAUACGUCCCUGGCGGGGGCCCGCAUGGGGCUCCGCGCAUACGUGUGCGUGGCGCUCGGUGUGCCGCGCGGCAAGCAGGGCUGCAUGUUCACACCCAUCGAUGUGUCACUCACUACUUACGAACCAGAGAUAGUGGGCCUGCAGCUGUGCCAGAAGACGAUGGGCCCGGGCGGGCGCGCGCGCCAGGUGCAGCCCGCGCCCGACCUGGCGCAGGUGGCCGAGGCGGCCGCCAAGCUGGCCUCGCUGCUGGACCAGAUGGUGGCGUACGUGGAGGAGGUGGUGGCGGGGCGCGCGGCGGGCAGCGGGCCCGCGGGCCGGCAGCUGCUGGACCUGGUGACGGCCCUGCCCGCGCUGGCCGCCGACAGCUUCGCCGACGCCUUCGCCUCCAGCGUCAAGGACCUGCUCAUGGUGGUCACUCUCGCGCAACUCAUCAAGACCCAGCUGCAGCUGAACGAGAAACUGACGCUGCUCACCUCCCAGUGACCGCGCCCGAUAUAACUCCAGUUUACGAAUUGAUAUCGUCGGAAAAAUUCGUUCACAUCAUUCGCGAGAGUCACGAACCGAUCAGACUCGGGGCUCCUUCCAUCAUUAUUUUUCGAAAUAAAAUAUUUUG